AUGUCAGGCAUCAAGCGGAUCGAGAAAUGGGAAAUCGACCGAUACUGGGAGAUCUUCUCCUCACUAGUCCAGCAACCUGCCACACCCUCUUCGCGCCUGACGAACCAAGCCGCAGCCAACGUCCUCCGGAAUUCGCAGCUGAGAGAUGACCAGCUCGAGCGUGUAUGGGAUCUUGCGGAUGUCGAUGGGGAUGGCGAGCUGGACUUUGAGGAGUUCUGUGUCGCCAUGCGACUCAUCUUCGAUCUUGUCAACGGCGAAUACCAGGAUGUGCCACCCAGCCUACCUGACUGGCUUAUUCCCGAGUCCAAAGCCCACCUUGUCCAGGCGAACCGGGCCCUGACCGGACACCAGCAGGCGCAGUUCGACAGAAUCGAGGAAGAUGAAGAAGACACUGGACUAAAGGAUGGUUUUGAUUGGUACAUGAACCCUAGCGACAAGCGAAAGUACGAGGAGAUCUAUUCUGCAAACAAAGACCGGAGGGGGGAGAUCAGCUUCCAGAGCCUGCACACGCUCUACUCCAGCCUGGAUGUGCCGGACACAGAUGUGCGGAGUGCGUGGAACCUCGUCAACACGAGUGGUCGAGAUACCAUCUCGAAGGAUGCCUGUCUCGCGUUCUUACACAUCUUAAACUACCGUCACGAAGGCUUUCGGAUACCGCGUUCUGUGCCACCGAGCUUGAGGGCAAGCUUUGAGGGGAACAAGAUCGACUACCAGAUCGAUAAUGUCAGACACAAACCGAACAAAUACGAUGAAGAGACGUCUACAGGGCGAAAAGCCAAAUUUGGAGACGCUUAUCUGAGCCGCAUCGGUGGAAGGGGCGGCUCUUCCUACCAGCCCAAAGGUACCGACUUCUCAGACGUGGUGGAGGAUGAGGAGCUUGAGAAAGUCAGACUUCUACGCGAGCUGCGCGAGCUAGAAUCCCAGCACGAAGCAGCGAUGGCGGCCUCGGAGCGCAGACGGAAGCAACGAUCAGAGAACGGAGGCCCUAGACAACCAGGGAAAACGAAUUGGACGCUCGUGAAGCGCGAGGCGCAGCAACUGCUGGAGUACAAGCAACGACAAUUCGUCGAACUCAACUCGGAACAAGGGGAUCAAUCAGGCAGUGAUUUGAAGAGGCUGAGGGAUGAUCUUGCACUGGUAGCCGAGCAAAUAGACGGUCUCGAGUCGCACUUGAGGAAGCGGGAGGCAGAUCUGGAAAACCUUCGCAGAGAAAUUGAGAACGAGAAGGCGAGCAGAUAA